AUGGAGAGCCUGGAGAAGAGGAGUCUCAGGGGGUACCUUACUGCUCUCCAGAAGUACCUGGAAGGAGGUUGUAGCCAGGGCUGCUCCUCCAAAUAAGAGAUGAGAGCAGUUUCUGCAGUGGCUCUACAGGAUCAUAUCAUACAAAGUCAUCAGCUGCAGGAUCUUUUAACAUAUUCUUCUGUGUCAAGGACAAGGAAUAUCAAGAACUUUUACAAAUCCCAUGAAAAAGAAACUGUCAGAGUAAUAGUAGAUACUGGACUAAGAAAAAAAGAGCACAAAAGCAAGGAAGAUGCAGAAAACAAGGAUCUUCUUGACCCCAGUGCUCCACAGCUGACUGUUAUUGUUGCUCAGAAAUCAGGAGUAGUUGAGCACCCUUCCUUGUCAUUUCCUGCUGAAGAAUGGGUAAAAAGAAAGAGAUCCACACAGCAGGGAAAAUCCAUACAGUGUUGUCCAAUAUUCAGGAAGGAAUUUGCAAUUCAACACGGAGUGCUGCAUUCAUGCUCCCAUGUAGUCCAUCAGUCAUGCCUAAAAACCUUUGAAAAAUUUACAGGUAGAAAUUGUCCUAUGUGUAGAAAAGAGCAGUAUCAGACCAGAGAAAGACAUGAUGGGGCAUGUAGGAUUUAAGCUUCCUGGAGGGGAUAUAUUGUUAGAGAAGAGUCUAAAGACUUAAGGGAAGCAGUGCCUCCUAAGGAUAGAAAAUUAAGAAAGCAACUAUUUGAUAAAACAUUUUGCUGUAUUUGCUUCCUUGGUCUUUCUCCUUAGGGUGAUUCAGCUUCCUUAAACCAGAACUCCUGAUUAUCAGCUCCCUCCCUUUUCACUUAUUCCUUCUCAUUCACACUAAACAGGCAGCACUGGAGCCACUCAGUUGUUUUGUCAGUCAGUUCAUUCCAUCCUCUUUAGAAACAAUGCAAAAUCCUUCCCUGUAGUAGAGAAAAAGAAUUUGAAGGUGACUGAAGAACGCUGAU